GCUCUGCCGGGCUGAGGGCUGAGGUGCCUUGUGCGUCUCCAGCUGCGUCACUGCUGCCCCAGCGCACCGAGCCGAGCCGCGCUGUCGACACACAGACAACCUGAGGCUGCAGUGACGGACCGGACCGGCGUGUCGUUCCCAUCCCGUUCUCGCCAUGGUGAAAGUCUCUUUUAACACGGCCCUCGGGCAGAAAGACCCGAAGAAGGAGGGCGAAAAGGGCGAAGCGCUCAUUCCCGACGAGAAGGACCUGGAGGGCGCGGUCCGCGUGCGGCGCCAGUCCCGAACCUGGUGCUGGUGCAUGUGCUUGGGCCUGGCCCUGAUGCUGGCCGGGGUGGUGGUCGGAGGCGCCUACCUCUACAGGUACUUCCUGCUGCAGGAGGGGCAGGUGUUUAUCUGCGGGGUGAAGUACCGCGAGGACGACUUCAGGAUCAACGUAGGAGACAUCCCCACCCCCGCUCCCUACCUGCAUGAAAUCGAGGAGACCAUCCGCGUGCUGGAGCAGGAGGAGGUGGAGCUCAUCAACGUUCCCGUCCCUGAGUUCGCGGGCAGCGACCCUGCUGACAUUGUCCAUGACUUUCACAGGAGGCUGACGGCUUACUUGGAUCUCAGCCUGAACAAGUGCUAUGUGAUUCCCCUCAACACGUCUGUUGUUAUGCCACCAAGAGACUUCAUGGAGCUGCUGAUGAACAUCAAGGCUGGAACGUACCUGCCUCAGUCAUAUUUGAUCCAUGAACAGAUGAUCGUGACUGAGCGCAUAGACAAUGUGGACCAGCUGGGCUACUUCAUCUAUAGCCUCUGCCGUGGCAAGGAGACUUACAAGCUCCAGCGCAGGGAUGCCAUUAUCGGAAUGCAGAAACGUGAAGCUCUGACCUGCCACAAGAUCCGUCACUUUGAGAACAAGUUUGUCGUAGAAACGACGAUCUGUGAGCCUUAGAGCAAAACAGGACCGAGUCACAGCUUGGUGUUGAAGCCACACUUUUUUCACUUGUGUGCAGUGAGUGAUUUUAAUCCCUCUCACGUUUUUUGUUGUCACCUUUUUUUUAAAAGAACUAGUUAUGUAAGAGCUGUAACGUAAUUGUUUUCUCUUUACUCAUCUCAUAGCAAUACUAGCAUUUUAAAAGCUAAUACAGUACUUGUAAAGUGACUAUUAAAAUUCAAGGUUACUGGCAAUAUUCUACUUAAGUGUAAAGAAUAUCAACUUUACGUGUAUCUUUUUUUUUCAGGGUUUAACUACUAAUUUGGUAAAUGUGUGCUUUAAAUGAAAACCAGGUGAAUUAGAAAAAUAUAUAGAUUAUUUAAAUGAACCUGUGACACAGCGCUGUAACACAUUAUUACAGCUUAAAAUGUUAUAGACUGGAAAGUAUAUAAAGUUUAACUGUAUUUUUAAAAUACACAUUAAUCAGUUUUUAAAAAAAGUGCAAUUCACUUAAAAUUUUGUACCACUGACCUGGCUGUAGAAUGGAAUCCACCAGGAUUUGUUUUUUAGGUUUUAUAUUUUAAUUAUCUGCUGUAACUUAAAAUACCACAGAAAAUUCAGAAAAUGUAAAGCUUACACUACUAAUUUGUAUAUAACUUGCCUGUGUGUAAAAGGAUACCUUAAACCACAAUAAAACUUGGACACAUCA